AUCUUGGAAUUUUGUGGAGAUCGUAACGCUUAUUAUGGAUGUUGAUCAAUUCUUGUCAACUGUGUUUCCGUCGAAAAGAGAUGAAGACAUCGCAACUCCCAGACGAUUGUUGGAAUAUGGGACACUUCAGGAUCAUAUCGAAGAAAUCCUUGCAAAGUAUGAUGAAGAAACUAAACCAGGCAAGUGGAUGUAUGAAAUAUUGCUAGGCUCCAAAGGAAUUAUGCAGUUAGGUUGGGCAACGUUGCAAUGCAAAUUCACCAAUGAGGAAGGUGUUGGUGAUACAAAUGACUCCUUUGCUUAUGAUGGACACCGUGUCAGAAAAUGGAAUGUCUCCACAGCAAAAUAUGGGGAGGAAUGGAUGGCAGGUGAUGUGGUGGGAUGCUUUAUUGAUUUAGAUCAAGGUGUUAUCUCAUACAGUAGGAAUGGACACUUUUUGGGUGUGGCAUUUGAUAAUGUUCAAUAUGGUCCAGGGCUGGCGUACUUCCCUGCCGCCAGUUUAUCAUACGGAGAGUCCUGCCACAUGAAUUUUGGGUCAGCUCCGUUUAAAUUUCCCAUAGAAGGUUAUAAGCCUCUUCAGGACCCGCCAAUCUCUGAUGUGGCUAAAGCUACAGAAUUGGUUUCAUGUUUGGACAGACUCUUACCAGCUCCGGACAGAGUUCCUUGUUUGCCGCCGGCUCUUCAUGGUCGUUCAGAUACUUUGACGCUGCUAACUACUGCGCAUGUCUUCGAGAAACUGGGACCUCUUCUGACUGGAGGCUACGUGGUUGAAGAAGUUCUCCUUCCGUUCUUACUCAAGUCUUGUGUGGGAUGUAAUCCUGUGGAACAUCGACUGGGUGUUCAUAAGAUUCUUGAUAUGAUGUGGGUCUGUAUGGAGGAAUUUGAACUGGUGCCUUCUCUGAGUCACUUGCUAAAUGCUCUGAUCAAGUAUUACUGGUUUCAACCGGUUACCAUGGAUUUUAGGCGACAGGUGCAGUGCCUGACCUUGGUUCUUUCUAUACUCAAACACGAGAAAACACGAAGAUUGUGGAUCGCUUGUAAAAGCUUUCCUCAGAAGUUUAGUUACUUUAUGCAUAUCAAGCCUCCAGAUGACAAAGUCCUUCAGUCUUCCUUUCCAUCGGUGUGGUGGGAAAGCGACGAUGAGUCAUCGAAGCCGAGUGAGGCGUCAAAAACUGAGUAUACCACUGCCUGCAAUAAACUCAAGAACAAAGUCCAAGUGCUCGAGAAUAUUCAGGUAGAAAUUUGCAAGAUUUUGUUAAAAGGCGAUGAUCGACCGACGCAGGACUCCAAACCUACAAGGCUGCUAUUCCUCGAAAAGUUUAGAAAAUUCCUGCAGGAAAAUAUGAUGACCAUUAUGCUUCAACCGUCCAGCGCAUGUGCGGGACCAGUUAUCACGUGUUUCUAUCAUCGACUGGUGCAAGCAGUCCGCUGGCAUUGGGAGCAGUGGGCUCAAGAGAAGGAUUCGCCUAUAAAAAGUAAAGAUGCAUACGUUCCAAACCAUGUUUUCCAUGACGACGGAGUUCAUUUCUGGGACCUACCAAGGGUGGGUGGUGUUUUGUCUCAUCUCAAGAAAGCCUACCACGACGCCAUCGAAAAGUCAGCAAACAAAGAGGAGUCCAGUGAGGGGGACGAAUCACCCAUCUCCUGUGAAGAUCGUAACCUUGAGCCUUCAUUGGUGGAAAUGUUGGAUGGCGUCAUCAUGCUUUACCAUAUUGCUGUACACAAGCAAUUGUCUAAGGUGAGAGCCGUACGGGAAAACAUGAAGCAGAACAUCAAAGCUCUUGAAGAAACGAUGGCAAAAAUCAGACGCUGUGAACAGGAGAGAACUGACGUGCUAGCAGAACUGGAAAGAUCGAAGACAGUCUUCCUUCAAGAAACCACCCACUGCGCAAGACACAUGGCUUGGGUUUCCACUCUUAUUUUCACUAAGGAGAAGCAGAACGAUGUACAUUGGAUGCUGAAUUGUAUUAUGUCAUCUGUGGAGCGUGGUACUAUAAAGGAAAACCUGUUUGAGUUUACACCUGAGUUUUACAUGGAAGCCGCUAUCAAUGCGUUUCACGGUCUCAGGCAUUACUUCCAUCCUACAACGUGCUUCAGUGACAUUCCAGAGUCAAGUGACACUCUUCAAAAAAUGGCGGCUUUUUUGUGUACACACUUCAUCGACCAAAGAAUUAUCAAUCCAGAUUUACGGGAUAUUAUCAUACAAGCCUUAGCUGCGUUUGUUUGUUACCCGGACAGUCUGGAAGCGGUGGAGAACAUGUCAGAGACACUGUUGGAAAAGGCUAUCCGAUCCCUCAUGGGUGCUUAUGAUAAGCGAUCGUGGGUGCAAACGACAUGGAUUCUAGUGCGAAUAUGGAAGGGUUGUGGAUUCGCUUUUCGUUACACUAGCUCACCAGAUGUCAUCACACUUGGACUCCCAGAACAAGGUCAGCAACGUGCCAGUCUCCAGCCUCCUCAUCCUUCUAAGAAAUGCCAGCAGCAGUUUGGUCAACUUUGCGUCAAAGACAAUCAACUGGCAAGCGAAUUUCUCAACGGCCUGUUAAAUCAGCUGAACUGGUCAUUUUCAGAGUUUAUUGGAAUGUUGCAAGAGAUCCAACAAGCCACUCAUCAAAUGGAGACAGUUUUGGAUUCACGACAACUGCGAACUUGUGCAGUGUGUUUUGAUUUGACUGUCGGGUUAAUGCGGGUGUUGGAGAUGGUUGCAACAGUUGCUCCGGAAGUCUUUACAGACUGGAAACGGCAGUCCGCUGAGCUGCACAUUGCUCGGCUUUUUCAGCUGCUAACUCAGGUUCUGAAUCGAGUGACGGCCGGUUCAAACCUCUUCGAGAAUGUGACAAGACUUCAUUUACCUGGACUAGAAACUGUCGACCGGUUUCCCAUUCUCGGUGCUGUGACAGGAAUCUUGCUGACUCUGUUGUUGGAUGGCACAAUUGAAAGUAAAGAGAGAGCGACCUCCUCCCUGUUGGCAGAACCCGGUUACAAUCUGGACACCGUCUGCUUUUUGGUUGGAGGCAAAUCAGUCGCUGUUGAAGCUACAAAACCAAAAUUCUCCUUCAGAACAAUGAUAAACAAAGAUGUUACACCCGAGGAGGUUCAACGAGUCGAUGAUCUGGUAUCACAUCUUGAGAGUCAGGGCACAGAGUAUGGGCUCCAAACACAGGAGUCCGUAGACGUUGACGACCUAUGUCCUAUUUGCUGUGCGGUCAAAGUUUCCGUCAGGUUCAUCCCGUGUCUGCACGUGUCAUGCAGAUCCUGUAUCUCUCGCCAUCUUAUGAACAACAAGGAAUGCUUCUUUUGCAAGCACAUCGUUAACGAAUUGGAGGAUAUCACCAGCGAGGAGGCUGUAUAACAGUAGUGAAAUGUAAAAAUUGUAGAAAGAACGUUGCUGAUGUUUAGUACUGAAAUAAAGCUAGUUUUUGGUUUUGA